AUCAGCGUACUGGCACUUCACGCGCACAUCCCUAGUUGUUGCCCCCGUCAAAAAACACGCAGCGCAGAAAUAAAAUGCGAUUUUUUAGUGCUGCCGCGUAGAUUACGGAGCCGUUUAAAGUAUUAAAUUACACAAUAAGUUGGAUUAUUUUCCGUGUUCAUAUUUUAGUCUAGUCUUAUCAAAUUAUUUUAAUCGCAAGUCAACUGAAUCAACAGAAAUACUUUUUUUUAAAUUUAUGUCCAUUUUUGGUGAAGAAUUUUGCCAAACGAAAAUCAGCACAAAAGCAGCAAACGCAAUGAAAUGAAAUUGAACUGGCUAAGGGAAUACUUGGCCAACAUUAUAAACGCUAGUCGAAUAUACGAGACUAUUACACUCCCAUUCGCCGAAGUACGCCUGGAACAGCUCACCCCUCAAGCUAUCUAUUGCCGCAUCAAGUCCACAUCGGCCGAAGCACUGGAGCAUAUACUGAUUGCAUGUGCGGUAUACUUUCUAGUAUGCCUAGGCCUAUACAAGUUGACCCUAUGGCUGUCGGUGUCAGGCGUGACAGGCGCAAAGCAGAACCAGCAGGAGCAUCAUCUGCAACAGCACGAUGGCACCGGAGACAACACAGCGAAAGGGUUGCGAAAUACCCUACAAAAAGGUCUACGAUUACGUAGCGUUCAUCUGCCCAAUGCUGCGUUAAUGGGCCGAGUACUUUUGGUCAUCGCACACCCGGAUGACGAAUGCAUGUUCUUUGGUCCGCUGAUCUACUCGCUGACGCAGCGUGAUGGCUGUCAGGUGUACGUGUUAUGCCUGUCGAAUGGAAACUACGAGCAACAGGCGCAGUCGCGUCGAGAGGAGCUAUUUCGGGCAUGUAAACGUCUUGGCAUUGCUGAAUCGAAUAUUAUAUUGGUGAAUGCCACCAAUUUGCCAGAUGAUCCGAAUGUUGAAUGGCGACCGGAUGCGGUUGCCAGCUUUAUAUUGCAUACCGUUGAGAGUCUUGAUAUAAAAGCGAUAUUCACCUUCGAUCGUGAUGGGGUCAGCUCGCAUCCCAAUCAUUGUGCUGUGUAUUAUGCGGCCGCCUCUUUGUGUUUAGCCAAUUUAUUGCCUAAGGCCUGUAAGUUUUAUACGCUAGACUCGAUCAAUUUGGUACGAAAAUAUUUAUCCCUCUUCGAUUUUCUGUGCACAUGCUUCAUGUCCACGCAUUGGUGUGUACUCAGCUGGAAAGAGGCAUCAGUAGUCAGAAGCGCCAUGAUGGAGCAUCGGUCUCAAAUGAAAUGGUUCCGUUGGCUAUAUAUCUACACAUCGCGCUACAUGUACAUCAAUUCGAUGCGCGAAAUUAAUCUCUCGGAUGUCGAGCUGGAAAUGCAAAUUCAUGAUAAUUAGAAAUUGAGCCGGGUACAGCAAAUUUGCGAAUAAUAUUACUUUUUGCAAACAAGUUUAAUGAAUGUAAUGUGAAGAAAUGAAAAAACACCAAAAGACAAACUACCUUCAUAAAUGAAUGCUUGACCGCAGCGUCGAGAUUAGCUACUUUUUUGAAACUGACGAUUCUAUACUAUAAUUAUAUAUAUAUAUAUUUGUUAUCAUAACUUACUUUAUAGCGUAAGCGUUUUGAUCUAGCCAAAUUCAACUGCUUUUUGAUUUACACGCGCAAGUAGUUGAACAAUAAGUGCAACCAAAACCAAAAGGGAACAAGAAUUACAUGUUAAUAACUGAGAGAUUGAAACCAGAUGCAAUCCAGAAUUAGUCACACACACACACACACAGUUGCACUCGUACAUACCUAAAUACAUAUCUUUGCAUAUUGAUUAGUUUUUAGCUCUAAACGGAGAACAAACUUUAUUAUUUAUACUCAAUAUCCACAUGCGAGCACAUAUGUUUCUGGAGCUUGCAGCGAACUAAGUGCAGUAUGAUGCUAAUGAUUAUGUUACGUUUAUGUUAUGUUUGAUUCUUAUUAUUAAUUUACGUUUUAUAUAUUUGUUCGUGUGUACAUUCGAUUCCUUCCUUAGCAUACAAUUUAAAUGCACGACUCAAUAUUUAGUUCUUGUGUAUGUAAAUUUGUAAAAUAGUUUGUUGUAAGCAGCGAAGUACAAUAAUUUUUAUACAUGUAUAAACUGACGAGCGAAGGUCGUUAAAUAGUCUAUAAUGAGAGAGAUUCAUAGAUGCUGAGAAACAAA